GGCACUUCCGGUGUGCUGACUCCUGUCCACAGUGGUGAGAGACCCUCGACUGACUAGACGUCUUCUGGGAGUUCUGCGGGCUGCAGGCCGCGUGGGAAGGACUCGGGGACACCGGGAAGCCGCGCAAUGGUGAUGUUUUACUGCUGCUGUUUAUUGUUCAAGGAUGAAUAUCUGAUUGCUCUCAUGAGGAAAAUGUCAAAAUCACAUUCUGCGUGGUCAUUGUUUAGGGAGGAAGAUUGGAGUGGCUGGAGUUGGGAGCUUCACAUCCAGCAAAGCCUUUGUGUGUAGAAAUGUCCCAGGAGGCAGUGACCCUCGAGGAUGUGAGUGUGAACUUCACCAGAGAGGAGUGGGCUUUGCUGGAUUCAUCCCAAAAGAAGCUCUACAGAGAUGUGAUGUGGGAAACCCUGAGGAACCUGGCUGCCGUAGGAAGGAACUCAGAUGACCAGCAAAUUGAAGAUGAAUACAAAAAUUGCAGGAAAACUCUAAGGAGUGAAGAGAUAGAGAAAUUCCCUGCAUACAACUUGUGGUAUCAGCAUGGAGAAAUGAUUGGUUUGACACCAGGUACAAAUGUGCACAUGACAGUUGUUGGUAAAAAACCAGGUGAAAGCAUUUCCUCUGGAAGACCCCUGGUUAAUCAUCCAUCAACAGAUGAGCCCAUCAUGGCUACCACUGCACUCAAACCACAUGAGCAGCAGGGAUUUCAAGAGAAACUGUCUACCUGUAACAAACGUGGGAAAGCCUGCACAAAUCUCCAGUUCGUUCAACAACAUGCAGAGACUAGUUUUGGAGAGAAACCCCAUAAAUAUAUGCCGUGUGGAAAACCCUACUCUGAUUACACUGAAGACAGUACCUUUGAAGAGAAGGCACUUCUGUAUGAGCAAGAUGUGAAAUUCUUCAUUACACCCAGUGAUGUUCAAAUUGUGGAAAGAAGUCAUAGCGAGGUGAAUGCUUACACAUGUGUACCAUGUGUAAAAGAUUUACAUUCUCACUGUGAUAUUCAGACACAUGAAAACACUCAAACUGGAGAAAAAUCAUAUACAAGUAAACACUAUGAAACAUCUAGCACUAACAAUUUAUUUGAUAGUCAUGAAAGAACUCACAUUGGAAAUAAAUCCUCUGUAUGUAAGCAAUGUGGAAAAGCUUUCAGCACACAUAGUGUUUGUCAAAGACAUGAAAGAUGUCACAUUAGGGAGAAGCACUAUGUUUGUAAACAAUGUGGGAAAGCUUUCAGAACACACAGUACCUGUCGAAUACAUGAAAGAAGUCACACUGGGGAGAAACCCUAUGCAUGUAAGCAAUGUGCGAAAGCUUUCAGGACAAAUACUAGUUGUCGAAUACAUGAAAAAAGUCAUACUAGGGAGAAAGCCUAUGUAUGUAAGCAAUGUGGAAAAGGUUUUCGUACCCACAAUAAUUGUCUAGUACAUGAAAGAAGUCACACUGGGGAGAAACCAUACUUAUGUAAGCAAUGUGGGAAAGCUUUUAGUACACGUGGUGGUUGUCAAAUACAUGAAAGGAGACACACUGGGGAGAAACCCUAUGUAUGUAAGCAAUGUGAAAAAGCUUUCAGCACACAUGUAGAGUGUAAAAGACAUGUAUGGACUCACACUGGGCAGAAACCUUAUGUUUGUAGACAAUGUGGGAAAGCUUUCAGCAGACAAUAUACUUGUCAAGAACAUGAAAAAACUCACACAGGGGAGAAACCAUAUGUAUGUAAGCAAUGUGGGAAAGCUUUCAACAUUAAAAGUAGUUGGCGAGUACAUGAAAGGAGUCACACUGGGAAGAAGCCUUAUAUAUGUAAGCAAUGUGGAAAAGGUUUUAGCACACACAGAGAUUAUCAAGAACAUGAAAGGACUCACACAGGGGAAAAACCCUAUGUAUGUACACAUUGUGGGAAAGCUUUUAGUACAAAAAGUUAUUGUCAAGUACACGAAAGGACUCACACUGGGGAGAAACCAUAUGUGUGUAAACAAUGUGGCAAAGCUUUCACAAGACAAUAUAGUUGUCAACUACAUGAAAGAAGUCACACUGGGGAGAAAGUAUAUGUAAGGAAUGUGAGAAAGCUUUCAACAGACAAUUUACUUGUCAAUUACAUGAAAGAAGUCUCACUAGUGAGAAACCCUAUGUAUGUCAACAGUGUGGGAAAUCUUCCAGCAACCAUGCUCAUUGUCAUCGACAUGAAGGAACACACACUGUAGAACUUCUACUUAUGUAAACAAUAUGUCAAUGUAUUCUGUGCACCGAGGUAUUGUCAAAUACAUGAAAGGAAUUAUACUUGAAGGGUUGUAUAAACAAUAGGCAAAAGCCUACUUUGCUGCACUAAGCAUCAUGCACAUUGAAAACAGAAAACUAAGUAGAUGAAUUGACACGCACUGCCAUGAAUUAGAUUGGGGAGAACAUUUCCAUGUAAACAGUAAAAAAUCCUCUGUAUACAGGUAUCAUUGCCUAAAUAAAAGAAGUCAUAAUUCAGAUGGUUUGAACAUAUGUGACAGACGUGGGAAAGUAUUUUUUCUCAAAUACAUAAAAGAAUUCACAUGGGAUGGGAAUUUGUAUAUUUUCACUAAAGAGAAAAGCUGUGUAAAUGAGAAAGUAUUGUAUGAUUUUCGUAACAUCAGAAAAUAUAAAAAUUCAUGUGUCAGUAUAAACACAGAAUGUGAGAGAUCUUAAUUUUUACAUUACUUUUCAUGAAACAUGGCCUUGAAAAAGAGAAAUUUAUAUGCAUGUGUAUUAAAUGGAAACACUUGUAGUCAUUUUGGUUAAUUCAUAUAGCAAAUAAAUACAGUAUUGUGAUAAACUAUUAAUAUAAGGGAUGUACACAAAUUUAUCUUAUCCUUCAUGUGAGAAGCAAUAUUGUACUAAAUCCCUGUGAACAUACAUAGUACAUUUCCUAAUCAUUUUAUCAUUUUUCAUGUUUAAAUUAAAAAAUAAGUUUUAUAAAAAUCAGAUGUAAUGAUUUCUCCGGGAAAUAUACCACCAGAGAAGAUAUCUUAAAGUAUAAGUAUUUUAAACUUAGUCUUAAAGCAGAUUCCUGCAUUAAAUAACUUUGUUUACUUUUAAGAAUAAAUGUUGUAUUCACAUAAUCCUGUACAUAAUUGUAAGCAACCACACAGGACUCUUGUUUUAAAUUUAAUAAUUGUUUUCUUUAUUUUGCACUGUUAGAUUCACAGGUGAAGUGACUUGUAUUUCUUACACGCUGCUAGGCUCAGUAUUUUGUGUCAUUUUUGUUUCCUUUGUUCUGUUUUAAAUUUACAAAUUCUCAUGAAACAUGAGUCCAAAAGCAAAUUUUCCUUAAUUGUUGUUAUUUUUCCAGUUGCUUCUAUUUAAAAGUUUGCUGUAUACAGUACAUUAUUCUACCAAGAAUUUUUAAAUUGGGUCAUAUUUUAUAAUUUUAUUACUAGCAAUUUGUGUAUAAGUAUUUAAAGAUUCAUCUGUUUUCAAACAAUGAAUUAGCAAAUUUAUUUUGAAUAUUCUAAGAUCUCUAUAUAUUACAACAUAUUUACAGAUUAUAAGCAAUGCAUAAUUUUACCUAUUUUUUCUCUGCAUAAAAACCAUUAUUUUCAUGUGUGUACAAUAUUAGUUAUUUUUAUCAUUAAAUUUCCGUUUUUGUGCUCAUAGUGCCAUUAUAUUGGUGGUAAUUUUUCAAUCCACAAUACCAAAAACUAGUGUAUUUUUGUGAGUUUUCCACUGCCAGAGAACACCAGAACCACAUAAUUUCUCAAAGAUACAAUGUAGUACAAUAUUUAACCUCUCUACAAGCUAUAAAUGUUGAUACAAUUUGUCAGCAAGAACAUUCUCAGAGGAGGAAGUUUUGAGAGUUUUGAAGUUCAUUUUGAUUAGAUGGCUUCUACUUUUGUAAUGAAGUAGAGUCUACUAUUUUGAUUUUGCAAAUACCAUGGGUGCUUUGGAAAUCAACAUCUGUUUAAACUGGAAAGCUCAAAUCAGGUAAAAUCCUUGUGUUUCAUUUUUGUUCUCUUAUCAAAUUUAGAGGUAAGUAUAUAGUGGUUUUUGUCAUCAAUAAGUAUCAGUGUCUGAUAGUGGAAGAAAUGAUAUCCCUUCUAUUGCAUAAGACUUGUGGAAGCUAUCACUAUGAGACUAUCUGUCAUCCUUGACUUAUUUGCCUUUAUUUCCUAGUCCUAUGGGCCUUUGUAAAAUAUUCUGCACUGUUUCAUCAUUAGCUGCUCCCUUUACCAUGGGGUUCUAUUACAAUGCUGCUGAGCUAAAUCCUGGGUCCAAUAUUGACUUACAUACUUAAACAUAUAGCUAAUUUCAUGACAGUUUAGUUCUAAUUCUUACCAUCAGGAAAUUGCACAAUGAAUACUGCUAUUCCAGCCAAAGGAAAAUUGAAAUUCAAGAUCAUUGUAUCAUGAGCAUAUUUAUUUACUAUUAUUUUAGCAUCAAAAAAUAUCACUGUUACUGGUUAAAAGGAGGGUAGGGGAAUGAGGAAAAAAGAGUCAAGUUACAUCGUAUCCAGGUACUGUUAUUGUUUAUGUCUAGAUGUCCUCCAAAGCCUCAUGCAGUCGUGGGGUGGAUAGGCUGAGAUGUGCCUGAGUCUUUGGGGGGAGCCAGAGGUGAAAUGUUAUGGUUUGGGUCUAGAUGUCCCCCGAAGCAUCAUGGAGACAAGGGGACAGGCUUCUAGCAUUUGUAAUUGAUGCAUUGUCCAAUGCUGGAAUUACGGGCAUGAGUGCUACACCACCCUGGGCAGGUAGCUUGCAUACAAUAUACGGGAGGGAAAGAGCCCUGCUUCCUUUUUGCUUUUGUUGUCUUCCUGUGUCAUGAACAGUUGCUCCUCUUCCAUGCUGCUCUGCCUUGAAGCCAGAUGACUAUUGACUGAAAGCUCUUAAAAAUUGUGAGUUAAAUAAACCUUUCCUUCCUUAAUUUUGAGCCUCAGGCAUUUUGUCCCAGCAAUGAGAGACAAGUAACCAGGAAAGAAACAAAUUCCCUAUGAUAAAUGUGAUCAUUGUAUCUAUAGUGUAAUAAUAAAUUAAUCUGUUAAAAA